CGGAAUAAUAGAAUAAUUCUGUAACCGGUUUAAACCGGAGGUGGCGUAGUUAGUCCUUGCUAGCUCGACAAAAGGCUGGAACUCAACCAGAUGGAAUUGUGUACUGCCUUCCUAGCUGAUUCCUCACAUUUGAAAUUGUUUCGCACACUUUUUAGCUGCGAACUACCAGCGGACUACCAGCCCUGGCGUAACAACUGGAGUUCAUCAGGGCGGUUGUGAAAGCGUUCUAGACGCUCUGCAAAGAUCUGACUGGUCUUCUUCUUUUCCUUUCGGCUUGUCCCUUUAGGAGUCGCCACAGCGUGUCAUCCUUUUCCACAUCACAAUGUCAUCUGCAAACAUCAUGGUCCACGGGGAUUCCAGUCUAACCUCAUCUGUCAGCCUAUCCAUCACCACUGCAAAGAGGAAGGGGCUGAGGGCUGAUCCCUGAUGCAGUCCCACCUCCACCUUAAAUUCGUCUGUCACACCUACAGGACAUCUCACCACUGUUUUGCUGCCCUCGUACAUGUCCUGUAUUAUUCUAACGUACUUCUCUGCCACUCCAGACUUCCGCGUGCAGUACCACAGUUCAUCUCUGGGUUCUCUGUCAUAGGCUUUCUCUAGAUCUACAAAGACACAAUGGAGCUCCUUCUGACCUUCUCUGUACUUUUCCAUAAACAUCCUCAAGGACUUGAGGUGAGCGUGCGUACAUCAUGCCUCUUUUUGGGAAAUCCCACAAGACUCCGGUGGAGAUUGUCAAGACCCUCAAGGAGAACUUGGCUGUGCUGGUUAAACAGGACAAGAAGACAGACAAGGCAUCUGAGGAGGUGUCCAAGUGUCUGGUGUCCAUGAAAGAGAUUCUAUACGGGAGCAAUGAUAAGGAGCCACACACAGAGACGGUGGCCCAGUUGGCCCAGGAGCUCUACAACAGCGGCCUGCUGAUCACACUGGUGAAGAACCUGCAUGUCAUUGACUUUGAGGGCAAGAAGGACGUGUGUCAGAUCUUUAACAACAUCUUGAGGAGGCAGAUCGGAACCAGGAGCCCCACUGUGGAGUACUUCUGCUCCCAUCAAGAGGUUCUCUUUAUCCUGUUGAAAGGGUACGAGGCACCCCAGGUGGCGCUCAACUGUGGGAUCAUGCUGAGGGAGUGCAUCCGCCACGAGCCGCUUGCCAAAGUGGUUCUGUAUUCGGAUCAUUUCCACAGAUUCUUCAGCUAUGUUGAGAUGUCCACCUUCGACAUCGCCUCUGAUGCCUUUGCCACCUUCAAGGAUCUCCUGACGAGGCACAAAGUGCUUGUAGCAGAGUAUCUUGAACAGAAUUAUGAUGCGGUGUUUGCAGACUACGAGAAACUUCUGCUCUCUGAGAACUACGUCACCAAGAGGCAGUCGCUCAAGCUUUUGGGCGAGCUAUUGCUGGACCGACACAACUUCACAGUUAUGACGCUCUACAUCAGCAAGCCAGAGAAUCUCAAGAUGAUGAUGAACCUGCUAAGGGUUAAGAGUCCCAACAUUCAGUUUGAGGCCUUCCAUGUCUUCAAGGUGUUUGUGGCCAACCCCAACAAGACACAGCCCAUCAUUGACAUCCUCCUCAAGAACCAGACCAAAUUGAUUGAGUUCCUGAGCAUCUUCCAGAAGGACCGCACGGACGACGAGCAGUUCAAUGACGAGAAAACCUACCUAAUCAAACAGAUCAGGGAUCUUAAGAAACCAGCAUCCUAGAGAAGCCCCUGUCCCCUCAAGAUCAACUCUUUAUCAAUAGGAACCUGUAGAAACAAAACUAUUUAAAAAAAAAAAAAAAAAAGAAUUUUCUUUUUUGCUUCACUAAACAUUUGUGCAAGAAUAGUUCUCAAUCACUCACCUUUUGUAAUUUUCUUUCCAUCAUUAGUAUGUAGCAGUGCCACCACGCAGAAUUGGUUGGCAGAAUCGGAUUGGCUGAGUGAGCAACACCAGCGGUUAAAACGCCUUUGACGGCGCCAUGUUUGCUGGAGGGUACGCGCGCGGCCACUUUUGCCUUUUUUAAGUUUUUAAUUCUUUUUUUUAGUUUACCAUAUUGUUUUUAAAUGCAAUAUUAGUCGCAGCUUAACACUUACUUGGUCAAACAAACAAAGGUUUGGUUGCCUAGGUGACACCAAACUAUAUAAAUGUCUUUACAGUGUUAAAAAGCCUGUGGUCACCAUCCUAUAAAGGCACACUAAAUUUUGCCAAUAAUGAUGUCUCUCGAUUUCCAAAUGAAGAGUUUUUAAUUGGCCAAUCUGAUUCUUGUCGUGGUACCUCAUAGCACCUUCUGUAUUUUAAAUGGUUAUUUGGGGCGGGGAGUCUUAGGGCUAAUCAAAUUUGUUCUUUUAUACAACAGUGCAGAGACUGAGUGACAAGUUGUCUUUCCUUCUUUGUUUGGGUCUGAUUGUUUGGAAGAUUCAUAAGUGCCAUUUUAGUUUGCGGUGUUCUUUUCUAUUUUGUUUAAUUGUAUCUUUACAGGGGGAGUUUAGUUGUCAAGCAAUCUGCUCUGGACAGAACGUAUUAGGCAGUAAAUGUUUGCAAUGUUCCCUUUUCAGUUCAGGUCACAACCUUGAUUACAAAAUUAAUAUCUGUGAAUAAGCCAAAUGGACAGAAAAAUGUGCAAAAUCAUGAAGCAUGAAAGAAUUGGUACAAAAAGGAGAAAUUGCAUCUAACAACACUUAAGCUUUUAUGAAACUAGUUUAUUUCCGAUUGGUGUCUUGUUCGCAUUUGGGAUCAUGUAGCUUAACUUUUCAUCUGAAACGACACGCAGCUUCAUUGUGUACUACACUGAGAAUGAAUAAAAGGAUGGAAACUCA